GUAGAUGAACGCUCCGAUUAGAUAUCAAUGAGGGUAGUUUUGUAAUUAUGCAACAAUUUGGGGAGGUUUGGGAUCUGAUUUAGAAAAGGACAUGACUUAUUCUUUUGGCCUCAAAUUUUAAAAGGCUUUAUUUUUUCUUUAUUUGGUGUCGAAUCCUGGAAAAUUUUCCAUCAAUGGCGAAUACCCAGUUGCAGAAAUACGGGAUGCUAUCCAGGGAACAGUUGGUGUAUCUCUUUGAUCGAUUCUCUGUUCUUGUUUCCCAGCCCGAUGUUAAGAAGAGAAUUGUAGAAGCCGUGGAUGACAAGCAGGAACCUGUUGCAGUUACUACUGCAAUCCAGGAAGAGAUAUUUUGGGAGAUGGGGGUUGAUCCAGGUUUUGGUCUUGCAUGCCUGGGGAAGGUGAAUAUGACUUAUGAGAAUGAUCAGGAUCUGAUGAUUCACUAUUACAGAUUUGUUGCCAGUGAGGAGUUGGCCUGUGAUGAAGCUGAGCUUGGACCUGAGGAAUUUGCUGAAAAGCUUGAUAGUCAACAAAAACUACAGGAACAGCAACUGGAGAUGCUCAAGUACAUGCGCAAAUCACCUGAUGAUCAAUCUGCAAUCCUUGAGAAGUUACACAAUCAGUUGGAAGAUGCUAAUUUUGACAGUGAGGCAUCAGUUUUGUCAUCAGAACAGAUUCAAGAGAUGUCCGAAGGAGGGUGUCUCCUUUAUUCAGACCAAGAGUGAUGAUCUAAGAAUCCAACAGUGUAAUGCUUCCUGCUUCAGUCUGCUCAUCCUUGAAUGAUACCAUGAUUUUGAAUCUUCAAGUUCAGAGUCCAUUGCACUGCAGAAGGCUGUGUUUAACAUAAUCUACAUGAGCCCAGCUGUUGUCAUCCCAAGAACAAUUAGCGAAAUAUCCUGGUACAGAGAUGCCUUUGUUUGGGUUAUUGUUCCGAGUUUUAUUGCUCUAAUGCUAUGUUAAUUGACUCUUUUUAUCUUCCAAAAAAAAAAAAAACAGCUUGUUUUUUCUUUUCUAAGCAAAAACUGAUGAAUCUGUUUUCAUCUAAUCCUGUUUGUUUUCUUCAUUUUUAUCUGAGUGGAUUAUCAAUCAGAUUGGUCUGUCAUGUGAAAAUGCUUGAAUCUUACUGGUAUUUUAGAUUGAAUAUAAUAUGGCGUGCAUAUGUAGCA